AUGCGGCCAGAGGUUCAUCAAUUGCUGUCUUCAGGAGUUGCUACUGCCAGUACCAUUUGGGAUUCAAUCCGAGAAAGGAGACCUAAGGUUCCUUGGCAAAAACUGUUAUGGUUCCCCUUGCAUAUCCCAAAAUAUAGCCUCAUUACCUGGAUGGCUUUUCUGGACAAGCUUCCUACUAAGGUAAGAUUACAACGUAUGGGAGUGACUAACGAUACUAUCUGUGUUUUAUGUUCUACUGAACCAGAAUCCAGAGAUCAUCUCUUCCUAUCUUGUCCUAUUGUUGCUUCCCUUUGGGAGUCUAUUUUCUCAUUUUCUGGUUUGAACUUUGCUGCCUGCUCCUGGGAUGAGUUCUUGACACAGGCACGCAACAACUGGAAACAAAAAUCUUUGUUUUCUUUGGUUAUGAAACUGGCCUUGAACACUCUAGUGUAUUUCUUAUGGGAAGAGAGGAACAAACGUUUGUUUCAAGGACGAUCUAGGACAAUUGAAGAUUUACUUAAAGCUAUUAAAGAUGUUGUUAGUGUUCACUUAAGUGGUAGAACAUUUAACAGAUUUCUUGUUGUGAAUAUUAACCUCUGCAAUCACUGGAAUAUUGCUGAUCAUUGA